UGAGAGAGAUGUCGACUUCCUCGAAUUUGGGAUUUCCAAAAGCACAGGAAACAACUUUAGUACAUCAUUUACUUUUUCGUCCGUCGUUUCCAGGUGAAAUGAGGCUCAGCAUAAGACUUGCUUACCUUUUCCUGUAUAACCUGCUUCAGUUCUGUGGGCACACAUGGAUAUUUGCAAACAUGACAGCCAGGUUUCUCACAUUUGGUGGAGAUGCGCUUGCUGACACCUUCUAUGCUGUGGGGGUUGUGAUGAGUCUAUGCCAGCUGUUGUCCGUGCUGGAGCUCUUCCACAUCGCUGAUGGGAUCGAGAAGGCACGCCUUCUGCCACGGUUUGUUCAAGUUAUGACCAGAAACUUCCUACUGUUUAUGGUGAUAGUCAGUCAAGAGGAGAUCCAGAGUAAACCAGUUGUGUGUGCACAGUUUUACCUGUGGAAUAUUCUAGAUCUGUUAAGGUACCCCCAUGUUCUCCUGUGUUUGAUGGGAACGGAUUCCUUUGGCAUGCUGUGGGCUCGAUACACCCUAUCCAUCCCCAUCUACAUAAUCUCCGUCAUCACAGAAGGCAUUACCAUUCACCAAUCACUGCCUUACUUUGAGUCAUUGGGAACAUACUCAUUCCAGCUCAGCCUGCCUGUGUCUGCAGACAUUUACUUCCCUAUCCUCCUGAAGGCAUACUUACCUUUACUGGCUGUUGGGGCUUGUGUAACCGUGUGGCAUUCGCUGAGUGCGAGGGAACUGCGUCUUGACAAGUGGAAUAAGAAGAUUAAAAGGAAAUGAGGUGGAUUUCUUAUUGUAGGAUAUAUCACUUCGGGAGUUCCUUAAGAAGACAUGAUAGACAUUAUUACCCAACAGCAAAUGAGAACAUCUUCCUAAGAAGCCUUCAUUGCACAACAUCGCUUCGAUGAGGUCACACUUUCGGAAUAGUUGGCUAAGCAAAAUGUUUAUAAACGUGUUCAGUUGAGAAACUUGCUGGUCUUUUCUUCCAAGGCUUGAUGUCUAAUCUAAGCACUACUUAGUCUAAAAUGAACAAAACAUCAGAAAAUCAGUUUGUGUUAACAUCUCAAGUGUUUUAAUGAGGAACUCAUGGUUGCACAACAAGUCUUUUUCUCAAUAAUGUUAGUAAAGCAAACAAUUGCACAGUACAAGUGGCAGGAAUGAUAAGCUUCCAUACACACACACACAUAUAUAUGUACGUACGUACAUACAUACAUACGUAUGUGUAUAUAUAUAUAUAUAUAUAUAUGCUUUGUCCUGGGGAAAAUAGAUUGUUUCAUGGCCAAACCAUCCCACAGUGGAAAGCCCACCUUAAAGCCAGGGCAGGCACAGGGGUGUCUAGACUCUCUCCACAAGGCCUUUCCACAGUGCUAGAUUCCUUAGUUGCUACAUCCAUAUUUUAUAUAUACCCAUUGAUUCUUGAAGACUAUAACUUGCCUCGUGAGUUUUGUUCAAUUGUUGUACUUCAUCAGAACCCAAAAUAUAAGCUUGUUUUACUCCAAUGUAUAAAGUAACCAAACACUGUAUAGCCUCAAAACAUAGUUCAAACUAUAAUGUUGAUAUA